AUGGCGGCGCUCAGCAGUGAGUUUGGUGAUUUGGUCCAAAUCAAAAAACAACUCAUUUCAGUGAUAAGUCUUUGUAAAGAGAGAGGUCUGGUUCACAGCGUGAAAUGGGCCUCCGAAUUGGCCUUUGCUUUGAAACCGCUGCCCAUGAGCGAGCUGCCACCUCCAGCCCCUCUCACCGAGGAGGAUGUAGAGGACCUGGAUGCUCUGGGGUUGGCAAAGUCCUACUUUGACCUGAAGGAGUAUGACCGAGCUGCUUACUUUUUGAGAGGCUGUCGCAGCAAGAAGGCCUACUUCCUGUACAUGUACUCCCGCUACCUGUCUGGAGAAAAAAAGAAGGAUGAUGAGACUGUGGACAGCCUGGGACCCCUGGAGAAGGGUCAGGUGCGGAAUGAAGCCUUACGGGAAUUGAGGGUGGAGCUCAGCAAGAAGCAUCGCACUGGAGAGCUCGAUGGGUUCACACUCUACCUGUACGGAGUUGUGCUGAGGAAGCUGGACCUUCUGAAGGAAGCUGUUGAUGUGUUUGUCGAGGCCACUCAUGCCUUGCCGCUGCACUGGGGAGCAUGGCUGGAGCUCUGCAACCUCAUCACCAACAUAGAGAUGCUAAAGUCUCUGUCACUGCCAGACUGCUGGAUCCGGGACUUCUUUCUGGCACACAUGUACACAGAGCUGCAGAUGAUAAAGGAAGCUCUGCAGAAAUACCAAAGUCUCAUUGAAGCUGGCUUCUCCAAGAGUACCUACAUCAUCUCACAGAUUGCUGUGGCUUACCACAACAUCCGUGAUAUAGAUCAGGCAUUGUCCCUCUUCAAUGAACUGAGAGAGCAGGAUCCCUAUCGCAUUGAGAACAUGGACACCUUCUCUAACCUGCUCUAUGUCCGGAGCAUGAAGCCUGAGCUCAGCUACUUGGCUCACAACCUUGUUGAAAUUGAUAAAUAUAGAGUGGAGACAUGCUGUGUUAUCGGCAACUACUACAGUCUCCGCUCACAGCAUGAGAAGGCAGCACUGUACUUCCAGAGGGCCCUGAAGCUGAACCCACGCUGCCUUGGUGCGUGGACACUAAUGGGCCACGAGUACAUGGAAAUGAAAAAUACUUCUGCAGCUAUUCAGGCCUACCGGCACGCUAUUGAGGUGAACAAGCGAGACUACAGGGCAUGGUAUGGACUGGGCCAGACCUAUGAAAUCCUCAAGAUGCACUUCUAUUGUCUGUACUACUACCGCAGAGCUCAUCAACUCAGGCCCAAUGAUUCACGCAUGCUGGUGGCUUUAGGAGAAUGCUAUGAGAAGCUGUCUCAGCUUUCAGAAGCCAAAAAGUGUUAUUGGAGGGCAUAUUCUGUUGGGGAUGUGGAAAGGAUGGCCCUGCUCAAACUAGCCAAACUCCACGAGCAGCUAAAUGAGUCAGACGAAGCUGCCCAUUGUUAUAUCAUUUACAUCCAGGACAUCUUCUCCUGUGGGGAGCUGCUGGAGCAUGUUGAAGUGAGCACAGCCCUCCGGUACUUGGGCCAGUAUUAUUUCAAAAACAAGCGCUACGAUGAAGCCUCUCUCUGUGCCCAGCGCUGUUGCGAUUACAACGAUGCACGCGAGGAAGGCAAGGCUCUUCUGAGACAGAUCUCCCAAGUCAGAGACCAAGGGGAAGCCUCCUCAGCGGACGUCUCUCUGCCUUGCGUCUUUGGUUCGCUGUCCAACAAUAACACCCCGGUCCGAAGAGUAUCCCCGCUUGACCUUUCCUCUGUCACUCCCUGACGCAUUCAGGCAUCUCGCCUCCAAACUCGCUUGCCAUCAUGCUUUUUGUCCCCCUUGUUUCCGUGGCCAUGUUUAUCGGUACACAAUACCACUACUCUUGGUAUCUGUGCUCCUUUGUCCUUCAGUCUGCAGUUUGUUGGGUUGGAAAGAGAACUUUGUGAAAGCCUUGUUAAGUUGAGUUAUGUAUAAAAAGAAGAAUCUCCUUCACUAGUCUCACAUCCUUGAUGUGUUGGAGUGGUGGUAAGAAUGUAUGUUUUAUGACUGCAUUUCUUAGUGUGGCUAUUGUAAAGCAUGAAAAUACAAUAUCAUGGUUGACACAGCAGGUGUUGGUGAUCUUUUCUCAGUUUGGAAAGCGAAGGCAACGUUCACUCCGGAAUGCAGAUGCUAGAAGGAAAAAAAUUCUUCCAACAGUUUUUUUUUUUUUUUUAAUUAUUUUGGUCAUUUUUCCUUUCUACUUGUAAAUACAUAAUUUUGGUUUUUGUAAAUUAAAAUGAGUCAGUAACUUUCAUUAUUCUAUAA